AUGGCUCCGGAAAGACUGCAAACUAUCAUCGAGUGUCUCAAGUAUGCUACGACUGGGGACCAACCACCCAACAGCAAGGGCGGUGCCUUCAUUCAUGAUCCCAAGAAAGAGGUCCUCGCCCAAGUCAAAAUGUCGUUCCUGGCCACCACCGGAGCCAAAAUGGUCUCCACUCGCAGUCUGCAGCUCACCGUCAAGAAGUUGACACGCUCGGUCAAAUCGCUCGAAGGCCAACUUCUCAUGAUCAAAGAGGGCGAGCGCACAUCAAUCUCCUCUCGCGUUGCCGAACUUGAUCAGCUCAUGCCUCAAUAUCUUGGUGUAAGCAAGGCUAUCUUGGACUCUGUCAUCUUCUGUCAUCAGGAUGAGAGUUUGUGGCCACUCAGCGAGCCUAGCAAGCUCAAAGACCGAUUUGAUGCCAUCUUCGAAGCCAUGAAGUAUACCAAGGCCAUCGACAACAUCAAGAUCAUGAAGAAGAAGCAGACCGAAGAGCUUGGAAAGUACAAAAUCAUCGAGCAACACGCCAAAGAAGACAAGGACAAGGGCGAGAAGGCCGAAAAACGAUCCCACGAGCUGUACGAGGAGAUUGAGACUUUACGACUCAAAGGCGAGGAUAUGGGCACGAAGAUCACCGAGGCCAAGCAAAAGUACAACGCUGCCUGGGAAAAGAUCAAGUUCCUGGGGGAGAUUGUCGGCCAACUUUCCGGCAAACGCAUCGAGCAACGUGCCAAGCAGGAAAGUGUUCAAAAGCUCAAACGCAACCUUCGUGAGAUGACAGAUUCGGACCAAGAACUUCAGGCUCUUCUACAAACAUACGAAGAGCGAAUCCAACAGCUGCACGACCAAGCCGACGAGGAGAAGCGCCGUUACCAAGAACUCAGUCGUGAGUUGAUGAGCAACCGUGAGAAGCUCGGCAAGAAAGAGCGUGAAGUCGGCUCAUUGGAAUCUGACCGAAUGAAGUACGACCGUCAGAUUGAGAACAGAGCACAGCUGGUCAAGCAAACUGCUCGUAGGCACAGCCUUCGUGGUUACGACCUUGAGGUCGACGAUGACAAGGCUCGAGAGUUGGUUGAUCGCAUCAGCCGUAUGGCGAAAGAGCAGAACGCCACAUUCGACCGCGCCAGACGCGAGACAGAGCAAGAGCUGCAACGCGCCCAAGGUGUCCUCAACCGCAUCAACGAGCAAAAAUCUGCAUUGAACCAGAAGAAAGAAAGCGCCAAAGCCACUUAUGCUGCAAACCAGCAACGCAUCGGUGGAUUCCAGACUGACCUGAACAAGAUCGAGGUCGAUGAGGGAUCCAAGACUAUGCUCGAGUCCUCCGUCGAAGAUACUGAAAGCAAGUUGCAAGCGGCCAAGUCUGACUACGAAGUCAAGGAUCGGGACAAGCAAGUCGACGAGAUCGAAGCUGCUUCGCGCCGUCUGGAUGAUCAGAAGGAGAAACUGGAUACGGAACUUUUCCAGGCUACCAAGCAGGCAGGAGACUCGGCACGUCUGGACUAUCUGCGAAAGGAGAUCAAGGAUCGCCAGCGUAGUCUCGAUACCAUGACCAAAACUCAUGGAGCCAUGAUUGACAGCAUUGUCGGUGGUGGUUGGCAGGCCACGUCCUUGGAUGGCGACUUCCAAAGUGCUCUUAGCAGCAGCAACAAAUCGGUAGCAGAAGCUGAACGUCAGCGAGACGGCCAGGCUCGCGAGCUUGAGCAGCUGGAGUAUCGUCUCAAGCAAACAAAGACCGACCUCAGUGCACGAAGACGGGAACUGGAUGCCAGCCACAAGACAAUUCAGAAUGUCAUCGAAACAGAUCCCUCGGAGUAUCAGAGGGUUCUUGAGGAGACCGAGACGGAGCGUGAUGAUCGCAAGAGUUCAAGCGAGUAUGCUGGCCACCUCAAGAAAUACUACGAGAGUGCAGUGAGAGCUGCCCGGGAGAACAAAUGUUGCCUCAUGUGCCGCCGCGGCUAUGAAAAAGAUCGUCAAGGACUCGAGAAGUUGAUCAACCUCCUGGGAAUGGAAAUCAACAAAGCUGAGGCUGGCCGCGCAGUUGAGGAGCUUCGAGACACCGAGACAUAUCUGCAAGAAGUCAGGGCUAUCAGCUCGACUUACGACAACUGGGAUCGUCUCAAGAGCAAGGACAUUCCUAACCUCGAACAGGAAGAGGAACGCUUGAAGGUCCGUGUGGCUUCCCUCAUCGAUGAAGUCGAGGAAGAAGAUCGCGUCGUCAGCGAGCGCAAAUCAGCCAGGCAGGAAGUUGAGGGUCUUUCCAAAACCAUACAGAACAUUGUCAAAUAUGCUCAAGAAGUUGUCAACAACGAGAUGCAGAUUGAAGAGCUGACUGCCAAACAAAAAAGUCAGGGUCUUUCUCGUGGCCUUGAGAUUAUCCAAGACGAUCUCAAGACGACUAACGAGCAGUCUCGCAAUGCCAAAGUCUCAUUGACUAAGAUCAUGGGUGAGCGCGACGGUGCUCGCGGUAUCAUCAAUACGCUUGAGCUCGAGCUUCGUGACGUAAAGUCAAAGCUCAAUGAUGCUGUCCACAAUCUCAGGGAAAAGUCAUCUCUCGAGAAACAAAUCGACGAGCUCAAGACACAGAACAAUGAGCUCAUUGAUUCUCAACGAUCCUUUGAGCAGGAGCUUACUGGUCUGGUUCCGAAGAUGUCACAAGCUCAGUCAAAGUACGAUGACAUCGCCCGUCGUGGCACGGAGAAAGACAAGCAGCUUCGCGAAGAAACAACCGCCAUCAACGACAGCGUGAACAAGCUGCAAAUGGUCGAGCAAGAGAUCAGUGGCUACAUCAAGAGAAAUGGUCCAGCCGAACUGGCACAAGCCAAGAGCGAUAUCGAGGACAUGAAACAAGAAAUCGAACGUUUGGAGAAGGACAUGCAAUCCAUCACCAAACAGGUCAAGGAGUUCGAAAACAACCUCCAGAAUGUCGAGGAGACGAAGCGUCAAAUUGCAGACAAUCAAGAGUACCGUCGAGAUCGUGCUGCUGUGGACGCAAUAGGCAAUCGCUGGGAGAUGACACGCAACAAGCUUACAGCAGAGCAAGCCUCGAUCAUGGGCCAGCUGAAGAGCAAAGACGACCAGCUUCAACAACUUCUUCAGGACUGGGAGCAGGAUUACAAGGACGCUGCAUACAAAUACAAGGAAGCACACGUCAAGGCCAUCAUGAAAUACCACGCUCUAAAGAUGGAGGAAAUCAACCGCAUCAUUGAGGAGCUUUGGAAGAAGACGUAUCGCGGCACUGACGUCGACUCGAUUCUGAUCCGCUCCGACAAUGACAACAUGAAGGGCAACAAGAGCUACAACUACCGCGUCGUCAUGUGCAAACAGGAUGCCGAGAUGGACAUGCGUGGUCGUUGCUCCGCAGGUCAAAAAGUACUUGCAUCCAUCAUCAUCCGCCUGGCUCUGGCAGAGUGUUUCGGAGUGAACUGCGGAUUGAUCGCUCUGGACGAACCUACGACCAAUCUUGACCGUGACAACAUUCGCUCGCUGGCCGAAUCGUUGUCGGAGAUCAUCCGCAUCAGAAGACAACAAUCAAACUUCCAGUUGAUCGUCAUCACUCACGACGAGGAAUUCCUGAGGUACAUGAACUGCGCAGACUACACAGACUACUACUACCGUGUCAGCCGCAACGACAGACAAAAGAGCAUAAUUGUGCGCCAGAAUAUCGCAGACGUUCUCUAA